AUGAGGUGUGGGCUCAAAAGGUUGAUAUACCUAGUAGAAGGUGAUCCAAAUGCUUUAGAAAGUGCUGAAAGUAUUAAAACAGCAUGCAUGACAACCGAAAUUUUGGAGGGGUUUGAUGUACAGAGAACAAGUGGGUUAGGAGAUACACUAAGAAAAUACGGUUAUCUUACACAAUAUUACAAAUCUCUUGCCAAUGAGGAGGAACAUGUAAAUUUCCCAAUUUGCCCUCCGUUUGAUCAGUUUAUUGAGCGAUGUCAAGAGUUAAGAUAA